AUGAAGAGCACAGAGCCCGUUAGGGUUGCCGUCAACAUACGGCCCUUGAAGGGAUGCACCGAUUGCAUCACCGUCACACCUGAUGAGCCACAGGUUCACAUAGGAUCUCAUACUUUUAUGUAUGAUUUUGUAUUUGGAAACGCUGGCUUACAUUCUUCUCAGAUCUACCACCGCUGCGUUGCUCCUCUUGUGGAAGAUCUCUUCAAAGGGUACAAUGCAACCGUUCUUGCUUACGGCCAGACUGCUUCAGGAAAAACAUACACCAUGGGCAUGGGUACUAACUGUGGAACAAAUGAAGGCAUAAUACCAAAAGUGAUGGAAGAUGUAUUUACUAGAGUGGAGGCAGUCAAAUCUCAGAUACGAGUAUCUUUUCUUGAGAUUUAUAAUGAAGAGAUAUACGGUUUGCUUGCCUCAAACCCGUCAAGAGCUCCAAUUAUAAUCAGAGAAACUGCUAGUGGAGAGAUAACUUUGCAAGGCGUUACUGAGGUAGACGUGAAGACUAAAGAGGAGAUGAGCUCGUAUCUAGCACGAGGCUCUUUCACUCGUGCUAGUGGCAGCACAAACAUGAAUAUACAAUCAAGCCGUUCACAUGCUGUCUUCACAAUAUCUCUGCAAAUCACAACAGCUGAAGAAAUACUGUGUGCAAAGCUUCGUCUAGUUGACUUAGCAGGGUCAGAGCGUGCCAACCGAACAGGAGCUGACGGGAUGCGAUUAAAAGAAGGCCGCCACAUCAACAGUAGUCUUCUAGCUCUGAGGAAUGUGAUCAGUCUACUAGGAGAUGAGAGAAAGAGAAAGAAAGGAGGUCACGUUCCUUACCGCGUUAGCAAGUUAACUCGCUUGCUUCAGGAUUCUCUUGGAGGCAAGAGCAAAACCGUGAUGAUUGCUUGUGUAAGCCCAGCAAUUUCAGAUGUCGAGGAGACACUGAAUACGCUGAGGUAUGCAAAUUGUGCUCGAAAUAUUAAGAACCAAGCAGUGGUACAGAAGCAGAAGACGUCUGCACCAUCCUUUAUGUUCAACGAGCUCACACCAUCAAAAUCGGAGGCAAAGAACAAAGCAGUGGUACAGAAGCAUAAGCCGUCUGUACCAUCAUUUGACUAUGAUGCUAUGUUCAAGGAGCUCACACCAUCGAAAUCGGAGUCUUUGCCGGUCUAUGACAAGCCUGUGUACGAUGAGGAUGUCUUUGAAGCUAUCACUGAGCUUCAGUACAAUGAGGAUGUCUUUGAAGCUAUCUCUGAGCUUCAAAUCCCAUCUACUUCUCAACCAGAUGAUGUUUCUUCUUCCUCGUCACCUUCAGAGUUUAGAAAACAUAACACUUCUUCUUUGGAUGUUUCUCCCAAGAAGACAGAGAGUAAGCAAGAAGAUAAGUGUCAAAACAAACCAAUGGAGAUCAUUUAUCUCACUGAUGAUGAAGCUGAAGUUCAAGAAAAGUGCUUCAUUGAUCUCACGACUGAUGAAGAAGCUGAAGAUCAAGAAAAACAAAUCAUCGAUCUCACGACUGCUGAGUGUCACUUAGAGCUAAAGGAACUGAACAAGAGACUUGAAGAAAAGGAGGCUGAAAUACGAGGAUACGAGGAAAAGGUUCAACUAGAAAAGGAUAAAAGAGCUUUGCAGAGAGAUAUUGAAGGUUUAAGACAGAAGCUUGCUAGCUGAUCAUCUGCCACACCAUCUUGCACUUGCAGUAAGAGGUCUAGCUGCC